AUGGAAAAAGAAGCUUUAGACCGCAGGCUAAGAAGGUUAAAGAAAGCAAAGAAAACUGGUUGUCUUAAAGUAAUUAAUAGAGAACAAAUACAUCUUGAAGAAAAGAAUCAAGAUAUUGAAAUAAAAGUAAAGAAUAAAGGUGAUGAUUUAGCACUUUGUCAGCAAUGUUUAAGAGCAUAUAGGAAAACAAUACUAGAAAAGGAAAGAUCUAAAAAAUUAGAAGAAUCGAAGAGAUUGCUAGAACUAGAAGAGAGGAAAAAAAAGUCGCGUUUAAUAGUCGCUGAAAUAAUUCAGAAAGAAUCACAAAAAACUGUUUAUGAAAAAAAUAGUGUUAAUAAAAUUAAUGAUAUAGGCAGUUUGGAUGAAAAGGCAGGAUACGAAGCAUGGAAUUGA